ACCUACACAAUUAAAAUGGCGGAACGUUAUCAAACACAACAGAAGAUGUCAUUGACGCUCUUAUUGUUUACCAUUUUUUAAUAAUUCGCCUAAUAUACCUAUUAUUGUUGCAAAUCAAAAUUGUCCGUAUGAUUUAUCGAUUUUCUCGAAACGUUCUCCAUCGAGCCCACAGUUUUCCCAGGGCCCGGCGGCCUAUACGAUGUGCUUGCGUUGGUUUUUACCGCAAACGAAUAUUGUGUCCGUCUAUUGUUGGCGUACUUGAGCAGCAUCGUUGUUGAGUCGAUUUGCGGUCGUUUAAGAACUGUUUUGCGAGUUGGAUGUUAAAAAAAUGCGAUGACAGCCUUCAGCCGAUAAGAUUGGUUACAGACCAUCUGACCGAGCGUCUUAAUUUGGACAUUGCGUGCCCUACGUCGUUGGGUGCGUUAGACACGUCAACGCCAUCGAUACCGCAAAAACCGUUCAAGAAACACCGUUCGACACCGGUGCAAUACAAUAUUCGGCUUGGCACCAAAAAGACAUACCAGAAUGAUGUGACCACAAUGAACAACAAUCUCAUGUUCCGAAGCAUGUUUUUUAUGAACGAAGAGGCUAGACAUUUUUUGGCACCGCCUAUUCAAUUGUCCACGACCGACGGAGAAUAUUUCACCAGGAAAACCAGUAAUAUAAAUUUAAACACACAUCACCAACAACAACAGCAACAACAACAACAAGCGGUUGUAGCGCUUGUCAACCACGACUCCAGUUCUAGCGUUGACAUCAAGCCGAGUUUACAGACACCUAAAGCCCGUCCUCACGGGUGCGAAGAGUGUGGCAAAACAUUUCUAAUGAAACACCAUCUGUCGACACAUAUGAGAGGUCAUACUGGAGAGCGGCCUCAUAUCUGUCCAGAAUGUGGUAAAACGUUUGCGCUCAAACAUUGUCUGAGCACUCAUUUGCUUCUGCAUAGUUCUGAGCGUCCGUACAAGUGUUUAGAGUGCAAUAAAAGUUUCACAUUAAAACACCAUUUGGUGAGUCACGAAAGAGUUCAUACUCGGGAUCGACCAUUCGAAUGCCCAGAAUGUCGUCGCAGAUUUCCCCAAAAACGUCAUCUGACUACUCAUAUCAAAUUUCAUUCUGGAGAACGUCCAUAUUCCUGUGCUGUUUGUGGAGAAACGUUCUCUCGUGAAGAACAUUUAGUCAUGCACUCGAGGUUCCAUGGUGGCACACAGCCCUUUGUGUGUCCAGAUUGUGGUGCUGCGUUCCUGCGUAAAUUUGAGCUGGUUAAUCACGAACGCCAACACGGUCGCAUACCCGAAUCUUGCCCGGCUUGCGGCAAAGAAUUUUUACAGAGGCGUACACUAUUGGUGCACGUUAGAAAUUGUGGCCUCAACUCGUCAACUCCUGUCCAUAGAUCUCCUUAUACUGCGACGGCAAGCAAAGCGUGCCGGGAAUGUGGUGAAACAUUUGCUAGCGACGAAGGACUAGCGCUUCAUAUGAGAUUGCACAUCGGGGACCAUAGUUUUUUGUCAGAUAUUUGUAGUCUGGCCGCCACUCUAAAACAAAGCGUGCAGGGUGUGUCCAAUGGCAUUAACAAUGUGCAAAAUCAUCAACAAACCCAACAUCAGCCGACGGUGGCCAACAAGAAAUCUCAUUACUGUGGCGAUUGUGGUCGUGGGUUCACCCAAAAACAUGGCCUACAGCAACACCAUGUCAAGUAUCCGAACGCUACUUGCAAAGACAAACCCUUUUCGUGUCAAAAAUGCGGUAAGAGUUUCAUGCAAAAAAAUCACCUAGUUCUUCAUGAGCGACAACACAUGGAUCCGCCACCGUCAAGAGGUCGCAAUGCUACCACCUCUGCGGUUCAAUCGAUCCAACACAAUAUACAGACUGAACAAGUCGGCCUACAACCUUCUCCUAUCCACACGUCAAUAUUAGGUUUGCAGCCCAUCAGACAUAUUCAGACAUCCAGUAAUCAACCCCAGCUCUUGAGGCAUCCUAGCGAGGCUCAUUCUGGGUCUUAAUAUAGAUACUUUAUUUCCUCAUUAGAUAUCUUUAAAAAGUCACUAAUUUAUAAUAUUAUAUCUUAAGUAGACAUUUUUUUUAUUACAGUUUAUUAUUUUA